AUGUCUUCUAACGAUAGAAAGUUAGCUAACUUUGAAACAAUUACUUUACCAAAUGGUAUGACUUAUGAACAACCAACAGGUUUAUUCAUUAAUAAUGAAUUUGUUAAAGCUUCUCACGGUAAAACUAUGGAAGUUUUAAAUCCUGCUACAGAAGAAAUUAUUACAUACGUUUCUUCAGGUUCCCGUGAUGAUGUCGCAUAUGCUGUUGAAGCUGCAUCUCAUGCUUUUAAUGCAACUAAUUGGGCUACACAAGAUCCAAAAAAUAGAGCAAGAAUUUUAUUAAAAUUAGCCGAUUUAGUUGAAGAAAAUUUAGAAUUAAUGUCUGCUAUUGAAACUUUAGAUAAUGGUAAAACUUUAGCUCUUUCAAGAGGUGAUGUUGGUCUAGUUGUUAAUUGUAUUAGAGAUGCUGCUGCUUAUGCUGAUAAAAUUAAUGGUAGAACUAUUAAUUCAGGUGAUGAGUAUAUGAAUUUCACAAUUAAAGAACCAAUUGGUAUUUGUGGUCAAAUUAUUCCAUGGAAUUUCCCAAUUAUGAUGCUUUCUUGGAAAAUUGCACCUGCUUUAGCAAUGGGUAAUGUCUGUAUCUUAAAACCUGCAUCUGCUACUCCAUUAAAUGCUUUAUUUUUUGCAAAUCUUUGUAAAUUAGCAGGUGUACCAGCUGGUGUUGUUAAUAUUAUUCCAGGUUCUGGUAGAGAAGUUGGUAAUUCAAUUACUGAACAUCCAAAGAUUAGAAAAGUUGCAUUCACUGGUUCAACAGAUGUCGGUAAAGGUAUUGCAGUUAACGCAUCUUCAUCAAAUUUAAAGAAAAUUACUCUUGAAUUAGGUGGUAAAUCCGCUCAUUUAGUUUUUAAUGACGCUAAUAUUGAAAAGACAAUUCCAAACUUAGUUAAUGGUAUAUUUAAAAAUGCUGGUCAAAUUUGUUCUUCUGGUUCAAGAAUUUAUGUUCAAGAAGGUAUUUAUGAUAAAUUAAUGCCUGCUUUUAAAGAAUUUGUCGAUAAUAUUAAAGUUGGUAAUCCAUUUGAUGAAUCAAAUUAUCAAGGUGCUAUUUCAAAUAAAGAUCAAUUCGAUACUAUCAUGAAGUAUAUUGAUAUUGGUAAAGAAGAAGGUGCUAAGAUUUUAACUGGUGGUGUUAGAGUUGGUGAUAAAGGUUUCUUUAUUAGACCAACUAUUUUCUAUGACGUCACUGAAGAUAUGGAAAUUGUUAAGGAAGAAAUUUUCGGCCCUGUUGUUACCGUCUCUAAAUUUAAGGAUAUUGAAGAUGGUGUUGCUAUGGCUAAUGAUUCUGAAUUUGGUUUAGGUGCUGGUAUUGAAACUGAAAACUUAAGCACAGCUCUAAGAGUCGCUAAGAUGUUAAAGUCCGGUACUGUUUGGGUUAAUACUUACAACGAUUUCGACUCUAGAGUCCCAUUCGGUGGUGUCAAACAAUCUGGUUACGGUAGAGAAAUGGGUGCCGAAGUUUACGAUUGUUACACUGAAGUUAAGGCUAUCAGAAUUAAGUUGUAA